AUGGAUCCAGAGAACCUGCCGGUCAUCAACAACUAUCUGGAUACCAAUGAGCCCGCGUCCUCGGAGGCCCGUGUGAGCCGCAUGCACUUCCAUGACAACCGGAGGAAGGUAGACUACGUGCUUGCCUACCACUACCGGAAACGUGGAGCACACCCAGGCCAAGGGUCCCCUGGCCACUCGCUUGCCAUCAUCUCCAAUGGGGAGACAGGCAAGGAGCCACGUGCUGGUGAUAUCGAGCUGGGGCCCCUUGAUGCCCUGGAGGAGGAGCGGAAGGAGCAGCGGGAGGAGUUUGAGCACAACUUGAUGGCGGCUGGCCUGGAGCUGGAGAAGGACUUGGAGAGUAAAAGCCAGGGAUCCGUCUUUGUCCGGAUACACGCCCCGUGGCAGGUGCUGGCCAGAGAGGCAGAAUUCUUGAAGAUCAAAGUUCCCACCAAGAAAAUGUAUGAAAUCAAGGCAGGAGGCAGCAUCGCCAAGACGUUCAAUGCGAUUCUGCAGAAGUUGAGCUCACCGCUGCAGCCCCGAGUUCCAGAGCACAGCAACAACCACAUGAAAAACCUCUCCUACCCAUUUUCCAGGGAGAAAAUGUACCUGUACAAUAUCCAGGAAAAGGACACCUUCUUUGAUAAUGCUACCCGCAGUCGCAUUGUGCACGAGAUUCUGAAGCGCACAACCUGUUCUCGAGCCAACAACACCAUGGGUAUUAACUCCCUGAUCGCAAACAACAUCUAUGAGGCUGCCUACCCUCUUCAUGAUGGUGAAUAUGAUAGUCCGGGGGACGACAUGAAUGACAGAAAGCUGUUGUACCAGGAAUGGGCACGCUAUGGGGUGUUUUAUAAGUUUCAACCCAUUGACCUCAUCAGAAAGUAUUUUGGAGAAAAAAUUGGACUGUAUUUCGCCUGGCUGGGAUUAUACACAUCUUUCCUCAUCCCAUCUUCUGUGAUUGGGGUGAUCGUGUUUCUUUAUGGAUGUGCAACAAUCGAAGAAGAUAUUCCCAGCAAAGAGAUGUGUGACCAGCAGAAUGCCUUCACCAUGUGUCCCCUGUGUGACAAGUCCUGUGAUUACUGGAACCUCAGUUCAGCCUGUGGAACGGCACGGGCCAGCCACCUGUUUGACAACCCUGCCACUGUCUUCUUCUCCAUCUUCAUGGCUCUGUGGGCUACUAUGUUUCUGGAAAACUGGAAGAGACUACAGAUGCGCCUGGGCUACUUCUGGGACCUGACUGGAAUAGAAGAGGAAGAGGAACGUGCUCAGGAACAUUCCCGGCCCGAGUAUGAAACUAAAGUUCGAGAGAAAAUGCUAAAGGAAAGUGACAAGUCGGUGGUGCAGAAAUUAGAUGCAAACACCAUUGGGAGUGAAGAUGAGGAUGAUGAAGAUAAGCUGACUUGGAAAGAUCGCUUCCCAGGUUACUUGAUGAACUUUGCCUCCAUAUUGUUUAUGAUUGCCCUGACAUUCUCCAUUGUCUUUGGGGUGAUUGUGUAUCGGAUCACAACUGCAGCUGCCCUGUCUCUCAACAAGGCCACCCGUUCCAAUGUGCGAGUGACGGUGACGGCAACGGCAGUCAUCAUCAACCUUGUGGUCAUCCUCAUCCUCGAUGAAAUCUAUGGUGCUGUGGCCAAGUGGCUCACCAAAAUUGAGGUUCCAAAAACAGAACAGACCUUUGAAGAGCGUUUGAUCCUCAAGGCCUUCUUGCUGAAGUUUGUCAACGCUUACUCCCCCAUCUUCUAUGUGGCCUUUUUCAAGGGGAGGUUUGUGGGCAGGCCUGGAAGCUACGUCUAUGUGUUCGAUGGUUACCGCAUGGAAGAGUGUGCCCCGGGAGGCUGCCUCAUGGAGCUCUGCAUUCAACUCAGCAUCAUCAUGUUGGGGAAGCAGCUGAUCCAGAACAACAUCUUUGAGAUUGGAGUCCCAAAACUAAAGAAACUAUUUCGGAAACUGAAAGAUGAGACUGAACCUGGAGAAACUGACUCUGCCCAUUCAAAACAUCCAGAACAGUGGGACCUGGACUACAGCCUGGAACCCUACACGGGGCUGACCCCGGAAUACAUGGAGAUGAUCAUCCAGUUUGGUUUCGUCACCCUCUUUGUGGCCUCCUUUCCUCUGGCACCUGUUUUUGCCCUUCUCAACAAUGUCAUCGAAGUACGACUUGAUGCAAAGAAGUUUGUGACAGAGCUGAGACGACCAGAUGCUGUGAGAACCAAAGAUAUUGGAAUUUGGUUUGACAUUCUUUCUGGAAUCGGCAAGUUCUCUGUUAUCAUCAACGCUUUCGUCAUUGCUGUCACAUCCGACUUUAUUCCUCGCCUGGUGUACCAGUACUCCUAUAGUCACAAUGGGACCCUGCAUGGCUUCGUCAAUCACACCCUCUCCUUUUUCAACGUCAGCCAGCUGAAGGAAGGAACACAACCAGAAAACUCACAGUUUGACCAAGAGGUUCAGUUCUGCAGGUUUAAGGAUUACCGAGAGCCACCGUGGGCCCCGAAUGCAUAUGAGUUCUCCAGACAGUACUGGUCUGUUCUCUCUGCCCGUCUGGCUUUUGUCAUCAUCUUCCAGAACCUUGUGAUGUUCCUGAGUGUCCUUGUUGACUGGAUGAUACCAGACAUCCCCACUGACAUCAGUGACCAGAUCAAGAAGGAGAAGAGCUUACUGGUGGAGUUCUUCCUGAAAGAGGAGCAUGGCAAGCUCAAGGUGACUGAUGAUCCAGCCCAGUGGAGCCCUGGAGGUGUGAACCAGAGCAGAAGGAGCCAAGCAGCCAGCUCAGCACCCUCGGGCCGAAGCCAUCUGAGCAGCAGAGCCUCAUCUGGUUCCCAACACACCAACGUGUGA